AUGAAUGUCGUUAAGGCAAAACGUGGUCGUGCCAAGGGACGGCUGACCAAAGCAGCAGAUUUCGCUGCCACGGUGGAUAUAAAUACUCCACUUGCUAUGCUACAAAUACGUCUCGAGAAAUUGGAGGAAACGUGGUCCGAUUUCAUAGCGCUCCAAGAUGAGAUGUAUUUGUACAUUGAUGAGGAUGAAUUCGUAGACCCAGAACCUGAGUUCUAUGAAUAUGAGGCAAAAUAUUUUGUUGCGCAUUCGGUCUUAUCAAGCUUUAUUAAAGUUAAAUUAUCGUCUCAACCUGCUAGGGAAACGGUUGCUGAAAAGUUGGCGGGUCAACAAGCCGCGUUUUUGGAGAAGUUGAACUCCACCCCAGGCAAAUCGUCGGUUAACCUUCCUAAGAUAGGAGUGUCAAAUUUUUCUGGUGAAUACGAGGACUGGCCUGCCUUUAAGGAUAUAUUCAUUAGUUCUAUUGACCAGAAUCCUUCAAUAACUCCUGCACAAAAGUUUUACUACCUUAAGAGUUACUUGAGUGGUACAGCAGCCGACUUGGUUAGCCAUAUGAAGCUUACGGAUAGUAAUUAUUUUGAGGCUUGGGAUAGGUUGGAGAAACGGUUUGAUAGGUCUCAACUAAUAAUUCAGUCGUUUAUAAAUUCAUUUGUCUCAUUGCCAUCGACUAAUUCUUCCAACGUUGCUUUGUUAAGAAAGAUAACAGACGGUGCUGACGAGGUCAUUAGGGGUUUAAAUGCUCUCAAUACAACAGGUCGCGAUCCCUGGUUAAUCUUUCUUUUAAAUCAGAAGCUUGAUCCAGAUACGAAGCAGGCGUGGGCUGAACAUUUGGGGUCAAAGGAAGGUCCCACAAUAGAUGAACUUCUCGAAUUUUUACAAAACCGUUGUGCGUGUUUGGAAUCUUGUUCUACUCCUGUUCGACACUCUAAGAUUCGAAACAAAACUCAAGGGAGUUUAAAGUCUCAUGUCGUUGAAUCUGUACAGAGUUGUUUGGAAUGUAAAGGAAACCAUAACUUACCAAGUUGUAAGAAGUUCCUUGCUCUUGAUGUGGAGGCUCGUCGGCGUUUUGCUAAGGAAAGGUCAUUGUGUUUCAACUGUUUACGACUAGGUCAUGCUGCAAAUAAAUGUUUUUCUAAUAAUCGUUGCAAGGUUUGUAAAUCGAGACACCAUUCUCUAGUUCAUCCGGAAGUAGCUGCAAUUAAUACAUCGACAAAUCUUGCUAAUGAGCAGGCACCACUUGUUGCUCCAGGUACAUCGAGUUCUUCGUUUUCAAAUUCGGUUCCGUCGUCGGUGGUUAGUCAUCAUUCUUCUGAGCCCAGUCACAGUUUUCACACAAUUCUCCCAACAGCUGUUGCCAAAUCUCAGGAUAAGGAAAGGUCGUUCCAUAACAUUCGUAUGCUUCUUGAUACUGGUUCACAAGUUUCGUUCAUUACUGAACAGACUGUUCAGCGCUUGGGACUUCGUCGAAGUCAAUCUCGGAUACCGGUUCUUGGCGUAGGUUCGACAUCAGCAGGUGUUACCAAUGGUAUAGUGACACUGAGGCUUAUUUCUCGAUUCAGUUUAAAGUUUGUUGACGUAGAUUGUCAUGUCCUAUCGAAACUUACAUCAUUGCUGCCGGAAUCUCCCGUGGACAAUAUCGACUUAGGAAAACUUGUGACUGUUGAGCUCGCUGAUCCUUAUUUUAAUAAGCCAGGUCCUAUUGACGUGUUGAUUGGAGCAGAUAAGGUUUUCGACAUAAUAACUGGACCAUCUAAUAGCACAAUCGCUGGGGUUCCUAAUUUAGUUCCUACUAUUUUUGGAUCGGUUGUUGUAGGAAGAUCUACACAAAAUUCUGCUCAUGUUAAUAAGGGUAUUAAGACAUUUUGUACGCAGCUAGAUCUUUCUUUUUUUACGCACUUGAAUCAAUCGUUUUGUACGCAGCUGGAUCAUUCGCUUGCAUUUGAUCUACAAAAAUUCUGGCGUUUAGAGGAAAUUUCUGAAGAACCAGCCCUUUCAAUCGAUGACCAACGUGCUGAAGAGUUUUUUCAAAAAACGCAUCAAAGACUUCUUGAUGGUCGUUAUGUCGUAAAGUUGCCUUUCAAGUCUAAUGAAAAAUUAAAUUUUGGGAACUCUUUUAGUGUUGCACUUCACCGUCUUCAUUCAAUCGAACGUAGAUUUUUGUCAAAUCCUUCGUUAAGGGAAAAGUACCAAAUGUUCAUGGAUGAGUAUUUGUCGUUAGGUCAUAUGGAAGAAGUUCCUGCUGAUGAAAUAUACCAAUCCUCUUACAACUCGUACUAUCUUCCUCAUCAUGCGGUGUUUAAGAACGAUAGCAGCACCACAAAAGUAAGAGUAGUUUUUGACGGAUCAGCUAAAACGAAUCACAAUAGAUCCUUGAACGAUUCACUUCUUGUUGGACUAACAAUCCAACGUGAUAUCUUCUCUGUUUGCCUUCGUUUUAGACGACAUUUGUACACCAUUUCAGGAGACAUCGAGAAGAUGUAUCGACAAAUUCGUAUUUCACGUGAUGAUAUCGAUUAUCAAAGAAUACUGUGGCGUAAAAACCCAGAUGAACCCGUGAAACACUUCCGACUAUUGACCGUCACGUAUGGAACUGCAUGCGCUCCUUUUUUGGCAAUUCGGACACUCAAGCAGCUGGCUUUGGAUUCUUCUGAAUCAUAUCCUCUUGCAUCUGCAACUGUCCUUAACGAUUUUUAUGUCGAUGAUGUAAUCACUGGUGCAGAUACAAUAGAAGAAGUCAUCACUCUUCAGAAGGAAUUAGUAGAACUGCUAAAAAAGGGAGGAUUUAAUUUACGCAAGUGGACAACAAACUGCUGGCCACUGUUGCUUUCAUUACCAGGAGACCAACGUGAGAUGUCCCCAGUAGAGUUCGAGGAUUCUACUUCAGUCAAAAUCUUAGGAUUGCAAUGGUGUCCUUCAAAAGAUCGGUUCACUUACAAGGUCGAACUAAGUGAAUCAGUUGUGUGUACCAAACGUCGAAUACUGUCCGAGGCUUCUAAAACUUUUGACCCUUUGGGAUUUCUAGCUCCAAUUGUUGUUGCGGUGAAAAUUCUCCUUCAGGAUUUGUGGAGGGAAAAACUGAGUUGGGAUGAAGAACUUCCAAAAGAACUGGCUGAUCGAUGGACGAUUCUCCGACAAGAGUUACCCCUCAUCAAGGAAAUUCAAAUCCCUAGAAUCAUCUGGACAAACAAAAACAAUUGUGAGUUCCAUGGAUUUUGUGACGCGUCUCUGGACGCAUAUGCAGCUGUGGUAUAUUGUAGAAGUACAAAUGUCGACGGUACAGUCUCAGUAGCAUUGGUAGCUGCAAAGAGUAAGGUUUCUCCUAUCAAAGUUUUGUCUCUUCCUAGAUUGGAGCUCUGCGGAGCCCUAUUGUUAACACGUCUAAUCAAUAAACUUAAAAUGUCUUUACAGGAUAAAGAAAUGAAAGUUUUCGCAUGGACAGAUUCAUCAAUCGUGCUCCACUGGCUUUCUUCUCCACCAAAACAAUGGUCGGUGUUUAUCGGCAAUCGGACUUCGGAAAUCAUAUCCUCUAUUCCUCGUAACCUUUGGAAUCACGUUCGAUCUGAGAGUAACCCAGCCGAUUGUGCAACUCGUGGAAUUUCACCCUCUCUUUUGCCCUCAAAUGAGCUGUGGUGGAAAGGACCCUCGUGGCUUUGGAUGGAGAAAAAUCAGUGGCCAUAUUCAAAAUUUUCAAUAGAGGAAGUGGAAUUUUCAAAGGAAGAAUUGGAAGAAAGGAGAAACCCGAAAAUGCAGGUAUUUUUGUCAAAUGCUAUUGAAGAUAACAUGUUGCAAACUCUUAUAAACAAUUCUUCGGAGUACUACAAAUGUAUUAGAGUCAUUGCAACAAUGUUUCGGUUUCGGUUUAACUCGCGUAUUUCAAAGGAGUUCUCUGCACUUCGUAAUUAUCAACCUUUGUGUGUGCAAGAACUAAUUAAAGCUAAAAUAACAAUGCUAAGGUUUAGCCAGUUAACAUCGUUUUCGUCAGAAAUUAACGCGUUAAAAAAUGGUAAGGAAUUAUCCAAAAAACAUAAACUUGUAAGCCUUUCGCCUUUUAUUGAUUCCGACGGGUUACUUAGAGUUGGUGGUCGUGUGGAAAGAAUCCGUUUUUCGCGUCCGUUCAGUAAGGUUGGUGUUGACUAUGCCGGGCCGAUAACGUUAAGACUAUCUCGCGGAAGAAACCCUAAAUUCGUUAAAGCAUAUAUUGCUCUAUUUGUCUGUUUUGUUACCAAAGGUAUUCACCUUGAACUCGUUGGUGAUUUGUCGACAAAUGCAUUUCUGAUGGCUUUAGAUCGGUUCUGUGCGCGUCGCGGAAAGCCAACCGAAAUUUGGAGCGACAAUGGAACGAAUUUCCAUGGUGCCAAACGUUUGCUGAAUGAGAUGUACCAAUGCGUUGUGAAUGAACACCAUCAACAGAUUGUCAUUGAUCAUCUUGCCAAGGACAAUAUCACAUGGAAGUUCAUUCCACCAUCAGCGCCUCACUUUGGAGGCUUAUGGGAGGCUGGUGUUAAGUCGGUGAAGCAGCACUUGAAACGAGUGAUCGGUGAACAUAUCCUAACGUACGAAGAAAUGUACACUCUUCUUGCCAAGAUUGAAGGUCUCUUGAAUUCACGUCCAAUGUGGCAGACAUCGGAUACGGAACCCAGUGCACUUUCACCUUCUCAUUUUAUGAUUGGGGAGGCAUACACCUCAGUUCCUCAUCCUGAUUUGGUAAAUUCUAAAAAUUCUGUUCAAACUAAUUGGUAUCUUUUACAGAAAUUAUCUCAAGGGUUUUGGAAAAGAUGGCAUCAGGAGUAUUUAACAUCACUCCAACAAAGGCAAAAAUGGCGAAACAUCCAACCAAAUUUGUCUGUUAAUGAUGUCGUUUUAUUAAAAGAACCAAAUCUUCCACCAUCUAAAUGGAUUCUUGGACGUAUAAUCGCUACACAUCCUGGAGAUGACGCUAAGGUUCGAGUUGUCACAGUACGAACAAUGAAUGGAGAGUAUACACGGCCAGUUGUUAAAGUUGCCCCACUUCCAUUUGCUGAAAGAUCAUAG